AUGUAUGAGGUAACUGCAGCAGCCAUGCAGCAAGACAUGCAUCAGCAAGAACAACGAAAUACGUCACUUAACGCUGAAGAAAAUAAUUCUGAAGCUAUGACAACGCUUUGGCCUGACAGCCGAUGCUACCUGCGAAAUCUGGCAUUCGGCCGCGAGUGUCGCAGCAUAUUUAAUCUUGAGCCCAAUACUGUCUUCCUUAAUCAGAAUGCAUAUGGCGUGGCCCCAAAGCCCGUCAUGCAGGCUCAAGCCCACUUUGUCAAUAAGAUGGAGAUGAAUCCUGACCGCUUCAUGCGCCGUGACGUGCCUGUGAUGCUGCGUCAGGCAGCGUCACACCUUGCACGUUUUAUAAAUGCAGAUACAGAAGAUCUCGUAUUUGUGACUAAUGCCACAACAGGAAUGAACGCCGUGUUGCAAUCGCUAGACCUACAAAAUGAUGACGAAGUGCUGUGCCUUAAUCUCACAUACUCAGCAGUGCUUAACACGUUGCGUCAUCUGUGCUACUGUACGCAAGAAUUCGUUGAGCUGAAGGUAGUAGAUGUCGUGCUACCUAUCGAGAGUUAUGAUGCGUUGGUUCAGCAAGUAGUGGAUGCAAUUACAUCAAAUACACGAUUAGCUGUGCUGGAUCACAUUGCCAGCACCACAGGAUUUGUGUUGCCUCUGGAAAAACUUAUUCCGAUCUUUCAUGCGCGUAACAUUCCCGUCUUGGUUGAUGGUGCUAGCGCACCUGGGCAAUUGCCUCUAAAUCUUAAUGAGCUGGGUGCUGAGUUUUAUGUGGGUACGGCCUAUAAGUGGUUGUUCAGCUGCAAGUCAUGCUCAUUUCUGCAUGUGAACAAAACGUACCAGAAUACUGUACGGCCCGUCGUGACAUCCCUGGCUUACGGUCAGGGUUUCUUAGAAGAGUUUGCAAUACAAGGCACAAGAGAUGAAGCUAACUUUCUCACAAUUGUGUCAUCGCUAGACUUUUACGAAAGUGUUGGCGUGAAUCGCGUCUACGCCCACAAUAAGUCGCUUAUUGAUUGGGCUGGCGAGUAUUUGGCUACAACGUGGAAAACGAAUGUUUUGCUGCCUGCGUGGCAGCGCGCCCCAUUCGUAUGUAAUGUGCGCAUACCGGUGGAGUGGCCAACCAAUUUAGACAACAGUCCACUAUCCCACGAGGAGGCAUUACCGUUAUGUGAUGCCAUUAUGGACUUUUUGGACGAUCAGUAUCACAUUGUUGUGCGUGUGGUGCCGUUUCAAAAUCAGCUUUAUGUGCGCAUCAGCGCGCAAAUGUACAAUGAGCGAAAAGACUACGAGCAGCUGGGUCAGGCCAUGCUUGAGGUGACAAGCACUCCUACUUUAGACGACUAUCUCGCUCGUUUGCGAAUUUAG